AUGGACCCCAUCACCUUACUUGGCCUUGAUGGAAAUCGGCUGCACCUUCCAGUUGAGGGUAAUAAACAGCUGUAUGAAAGGGCAGUAAAAGCCGUGCAGAAGAUGACUACGAAGGUUAAUGUCUGCCUCCACUGGGAUAAGGAAGCUCCUGUCUGCCAGAGUCUGUCAAAGAGAGAACAGAAAACAAAAGAGAAGACUCUGGAGCUGUUAUCAGUCUGCAGAUAUCAAACACUCCCUCUUAGACUGAAAUGGUGGGAUUUCCUGCUGGACCUGUUCUCAAAUGAUCCUGAAACAGGUCUGAGUCUCCUUCCAUCAUUACAGUCAGUUUUCCAGUCAGCUCCUGCAGUCUGGACCAUAAACCUCUCAGAGAGAAAGAGCUCCAUCCUCCUGGAAGUGCUGAAACUCCAAUCAGAGAAGAAACCAGUGGAGCUGACAGGCUGCUCAGAUGAAGAGAGUGAAGUGAGGAGUUUCCUACAGUGUCUGCCUUAUAUCUCACAGCUCAGUUAUGAUCCUCGGUGGCCAGAUCGAUCUGAAGGAGUCAGGAUCUUUGUGAAUCUGUUCUGUGCAGCAGAGAGAGAACAGCUGACAGGAGAGAAGACUCUGGAGCUGUUAUCAUCAGUGUGCAGAUAUCAAACAUUCCCUUUUAAACACUGGGGUUAUAAUGAAUAUCAGAGAGAUUUCCUGCUGGAUCUGUACUCCCACCUGAAGGACUAUGAGACUGAAUCAGGUCUGAGUCUCCUUCCAUCAUUACAGUCAGUUUUCCAGUCAGCUCCUGCAGUCUGGACCAUAAACCUCUCAGAGAGAAAGAGCUCCAUCCUCCUGGAAGUGCUGAAACUCCAAUCAGAGAAGAAACCAGUGGAGCUGACAGGCUGCCCAAAUGAAGAGAGUGAAGUGAGGAGUUUCCUACAGUGUCUGCCUUAUAUCUCACAGCUCAGUUAUGAUCAUCGGUGGCCAGGUCGAUCUGAAGGAGUCAGGAUCUUUGUGAAUCUGUUCUGUGCAGCAGAGAGAGAACAGCUGACAGGAGAGAAGACUCUGGAGCUGUUAUCAUCAGUGUGCAGAUAUCAAACAUUCCCUUUUAAACACUGGGGUUAUAAAGAAUAUCAGAGAGAUUUCCUGCUGCAUCUGUACUCCCACCUGAAGGACUACGAGACUGAAACAGGUCUGAGUCUCCUUCCAUCAUUACAGUCAGUUUUCCAGUCAGCUCCUGCAGUCUGGACCAUAAACCUCUCAGAGAGAAAGAGCUCCAUCAUCCUGGAAGUGCUGAAACUCCAAUCAGAGAAGAAACCAGUGGAGCUGACAGGCUGCUCAGAUGAAGAGAGUGAAGUGAGGAGUUUCCUACAGUGUCUGCCUUAUAUCUCACAGCUCAGUUUUGUGCCCAAGUUAUCAAGAUCUUCAGAAGAAAUCCGGUUCUUUGUGAAUCUGUUCUGUGCAGCAGAGAGAGAACAGGAAAGAAAAGAGAAGACUCUGGAGCUGUUAUCAGUGUGCAGAUAUCAAACACUCCCUCUUAGACUGAAAUGGUGGGAUUUCCUGCUGGACCUGUUCUCAAAUGAUCCUGAAACAGGUCUGAGUCUCCUUCCAUCACUACAGUCAGUUUUCCAGUCAGCUCCUGCAGUCUGGACCAUAAACCUCUCAGAGAGAAAGAGCUCCAUCCUCCUGGAAGUGCUGAAACUCCAAUCAGAGAAGAAACCAGUGGAGCUGACAGGCUGCUCAGAUAAAGAGAGUGAAGUGAGGAGUUUCCUACAGUGUCUGCCUUAUAUCUCACAGCUCAGUUUCGUGCCCAAGUUAUCGAGAUCUUCAGAAGAAAUCCGGUUCUUUGUGAAUCUGUUCUGUGCAGCAAAGACAGAACAGAAAUCCAAAGAGAAGACUCUGGAGCUGUUAUCAGUGUGCAGAUAUCAAACACUCCCUCUUAGACUGAAAUGGUGGGAUUUCCUGCUGGACCUGUACUCAAAUGUUCCUAAAACAGGUCUGAGUCUCCUUCCAUCACUACAGUCAGUUUUCCAGUCAGCUCCUGCAGUCUGGACCAUAAACCUCUCAGAGAGAAAGAGCUCCAUCCUCCUGGAAGUGCUGAAACUCCAAUCAGAGAAGAAACCAGUGGAGCUGAGGGGCUGCUCAGAUGAAGAGAGUGAAGUGAGGAGUUUCCUACAGUGUCUGCCUUAUAUCUCACAGCUCAGUGUUUCUUGGUGGUCAGAUCGAUCUAAAGGAGUCAGGUUCUUUGUGAAUCUGUUCUGUGCAGCAGCAGAGAGAGAACAGCUGACAGGAGAGAAGACUCUGGAGCUGUUAUCAUCAGUGUGCACAUAUCAAACAUUCCCUUUUAGAGACCGGGGUUAUGAUGGUGAUGAAGACGACGCCAUUAAUGAAUAUCGGAGAGAUUUCCUGCUGGAUCUUUGCUCCCACCUGAAGGACUAUGAGACUGAAACAGGUCUGAGUCUCCUUCCAUCAUUACAGUCAGUUUUCCAGUCAGCUCCUGCAGUCUGGACCAUAAACCUCUUAGAGAUAGAGAGCUCCAUCCUCCUGGAAGUGCUGAAACUCCAAUCAGAGAAGAAACCAGUGGAGCUGACAGGCUGCCCAGAUGAAGAGAGUGAAGUGAGGAGUUUCCUACAGUGUCUGCCUUAUAUCUCACAGCUCAGUCUUCAUCGGUGGUCAGGUCGAUCUGAAGGAGUCAGGAUCUUUGUGAAUCUGUUCUGUGCAGCAGAGAGAGAACAGCUGACAGGAGAGAAGACUCUGGAGCUGUUAUCAUCAGUGUGCAGAUAUGAAACAUUCCCUUUUAAACACUGGGGUUGUGAUGAAUAUCGGAGUGAUUUCCUGCUGGAUCUGUACUCCCACCUGAAGGACUAUGAGACUGACACAGGUCUGAGUCUCCUUCCAUCAUUACAGUCAGUUUUCCAGUCAGCUCCUGCAGUCUGGACCAUAAACCUCUUAGAGAUAGAGAGCUCCAUCAUCCUGGAAGUGCUGAAACUCCAAUCAGAGAAGAAACCAGUGGAGCUGAGGGGCUGCCCAGAUGAAGAGAGUGAAGUGAGGAGUUUCCUACAGUGUCUGCCUUAUAUCUCACAGCUCAGAGUUCCUCGGUGGCCAGAUCGAUCUGAAGGAGUCAGGAUCUUUGUGAAUCUGUUCUGUGCAGCAGAGAGAGAACAGCUGACAGGAGAGAAGACUCUGGAGCUGUUAUCAUCAGUGUGCAGAUAUCAAACAUUCCCUUUUAGAGAUGAGGAGGAUGAUGAUGAUGAUGAAGACGAUGCCAUUAAUGAAUAUCGGAGAGAUUUCUUGCUGGAUCUGUGCUCCCACCUGAAGGACUACGAGACUGAAUCAGGUCUGAGUCUCCUUCCAUCAUUACAGUCAGUUUUCCAGUCAGCUCCUGCAGUCUGGACCAUAAACCUCUCAGAGAGAAAGAGCUCCAUCCUCCUGGAAGUGCUGAAACUCCAAUCAGAGAAGAAACCAGUGGAGCUGACAGGCUGCUCAGAUGAAGAGAGUGAAGUCAGGAGUUUCCUACAGUGUCUGCCUUAUAUCUCACAGCUCAGUUAUGAUCCUCGGUGGUCAGAUCGAUCUGAAGGAGUCAGGUUCUUUGUGAAUCUGUUCUGUGCAGCAGAGAGAGAACAGCUGACAGGAGAGAAGACUCUGGAGCUGUUAUCAUCAGUGUGCACAUAUCAAACAUUCCCUUUAAAACACUGGGGUUAUAAUUAUUAUGAUGAGGAUGACGACACCAUAAAUGAAUAUCAGAGUGAUUUCCUGCUGGAUCUGUGCUCCCACCUGAAGGACUAUGAGACUGAAUCAGGUCUGAGUCUCCUUCCAUCAUUACAGUCAGUUUUCCAGUCAGCUCCUGCAGUCUGGACCAUAAACCUCUCAGAGAGAAAGAGCUCAAUCCUCCUGGAAGUGCUGAAACUCCAAUCAGAGAAGAAACCAGUGGAGCUGAGGGGCUGCUCAGAUGAAGAGAGUGAAGUGAGGAGUUUCCUACAGUGUCUUCCUUAUAUCUCACAGCUCAGCGGUGAUCCAGAGUUCUUCCAGAGAGCGUGUUCAUUGAUCUCUGUUAGAUCCAGAAAGGAGGCCGAGCAGUUGCUCUCCCUGCUGCAGCUGCUGGGCUUCAGCCUGCUGUUAACAGGAGAGUUACGCAGGAAAACCUGCCGGUCUGUGGGGACAGUUGUCAGACUUUGUGGCUCUGAUGUAAACCUCAUCCUCACACCAAGAAAGAUGUCUGCCAGAGGAGCCUCCCUCCUCUUUAGACGUACAACACAACUCCACAGUCUGAAGCUUUCCAUCGACAUGGCCUUGUUCAUGUGUCGAUGGGUCAGAAGAGGGACUGCGGCCUGUCGGCUGACUAUCGCAGAGCUUUCUGUCUCCUCUCAGACAGCCCAACCAUCAGAGAGAUUGUUGCUGAAGGUUGUCAGUAGUUUGGCUUCCCUGCUGAGAUACUGGACAGUCAGCCGGUUGGACCUGACGGAGUCCUGUGUUCCUGCUCAGGGUCUCAUCCCUCUGCUGCUUCAUGAGGGUCCUCUAACAAUGAAACUGAGUGAGAAGGUUUUGCAGCCACUACUCUCCCUCCUCCAUGAAAUCCAGGAUGAGGUCUUGACCUGUUCCUUCUUGAGUAAGGUUGGUGGAGAUCUGACGUCCUGCUGUCUGAACUGGGAGCUCCUCCACUAUCUGCUGCAGCAGUCGUCAGCUCACACCAUCACCGUGAACAUGAGGAAGAACCGCUUCUUACAGGAGAGCGUCACACGUCUGCUUCCCUUUCUGGACAGGAUUGUGUUUAAAAGACCCGGUCCCAGCUUUGUGUUGACCGCCAUCAGAGAGAUCUACAAAGCUCGAGCCAGUCCCGUUGUACCCAGUUUACUGAGGUCGUUGGAUGAUGUCAUCAACCUGACCUGCAGAGAGAUGGACUCGGAGGACUUUGCUGCUCUGCUCUUCACCCUCACACACAGUGACCGGGUUAAACUGAACCUCACGUGGACCUUUAUACCAGCAGGGGAAAUAAAGUCCAUCGUCUUCAUGCUGGACAAAGUCUCUCAUCUCAGUGUUGACAGGAAUCAGCUGCUGAGCUUGAUCCACUGCUGCGCUGCCUCUGAGGCCCAGCAGGGGGCAGCAGCCGGCCUGCUCAGGACUGUGAAGGACCGCCUGGAUCUGUCCUGCUCCUCCAGUGUGGACCUGGAUCAUCAGAGGGACUCUCUCAGUCUGACUGCUGAGGACUGCAGGGCCGUCUCCACCAUCCUGACACACAGCAGCCGAGACACACAGCUCAUCUUGCAGGACUGUGAGCUGGAGGACAGAGGCCUGGACCUGCUGUUUUCUGUCCUACAAAGAGUCCGUCUCAGAGCAAGUAAAGCUGUCCUCCUCCGGCUGGUGUCCCUGGUUCCAGUGGACAGUGAGAGGGACUCAGUGAGACGGGCAGUGUCCCUCCGUACAGCCCUGGAUGGACAACUGGACCUCAGUCACAGCACCCUGGAUCAGAGGGCCUGUGGAGCUCUGGCCCUGAUGCUGGACUACAGUGAAGAGCUGACAGAGCUGGACCUGAGUUACUGUGGACUCACUGACCAGCUGCUGCUCACACUCAGCGCACAUCUGCACAAAGUCCACGUCCUGGAUCUGAGUCACAAUAACAUCACCGAUGCUUCAGCGGACAUGUUACUCCGGCUGUCCAUCGACCCGUCCACCGACACCGUGCGACUCUUCGGGAACAACAUUGUGGACAGGUCUGUCUUCAAGGAGGACAAGCGGUUUGAGAUGUGGUGAAGCAGCCGUCAGGGGGGCGCUGGUCUGUGGAAGAUCUCCUUCCACCACCUCAGGAACAUC